AUGGAACAGGGGUAUAAUUUAGGGUUCUUGGCAUUUUGGGCGGGCAGAAUGAUGAUCUUCGCUCCGCCGAUCGUUGAUCCUGCUCCGGCUCAAUGGAUCAAAAUCUUCCCGCGCUUCCUCCCCGCGCCGAUCUUGUCCAAGCUCAAUCCCGAUGCUCGGGAGUUUCAGCCGCUGGAAGAAUCGAUCGCUCCUCUCCCGGCAUUCUCUUCUCCUCUUGCUCCUCCGCAUCGUCGGCACGAGUUUAGUCUCGUGCAAGAAUCCUCCGACGAGGAUGAGAAUCGCCUCGAGCAGCAAGAAAGUGGAGAGGAAUCCGAGACAUCGGCUCAAGAAGAUUGCGAUCGAGGAGGAGAAGAAGAAGAAGAAGGCAUGGCACAGUAUUUCUUCUAUCCCUCGCCGAUCUUCGAUUCGAUCUCCAACGUCCGCCACAUCGCCCCAUCCUCCAUCGCUCGCGAGCACUCCUCCCGCUCGCUCAUCCUCGGCAAUAUCCCCUAUCCGAUCGAUCCCGGCCAGCUCCAGUCCCAGCUCGAGCAGUGGGGCGCGCUGCGCUACAUCUCCUUCGCCGCCAUGGCGGAGCGCGGCAUUGUGAUCGCCCACUACUGCGACGUCCGCCACGCCGCCCAGGCGCUCAAGGACAUCCACGCGCAGCACCUCAUCCAGCAGCACAAAUUCCUGCUGCUCCGCCGGAUGGAUCACUUCCAGAGGGCCUGGCGUCACGCUGCCCGAGAGGACGCCAAGAGCGCCGCGCGGCGCCAGAUCGAGGUGACGCGGGCGGCACUGCGCGCCGCCGGCGAGAAGCUGCGCCGCGAGCGGGGCCUCGUUUGCGGCGCCGCGCUGUGGGCCAAAUUCGUGCCGCUGUGCUGCUGCGUGAGCGAGAAGGAGGAGUUUCCAGAGAUGGAGAAUCAAGGCACGCUCGUCGUCUUCAACCUGGAUGUCGCGAUCUCCAUCGAGACCAUCAACAGUGUCUUCAAGAAAUACGGUGAUGUGAAGGAGAUCCGAGAGACUCCGAUCAAGCGAACGCACAAGUUCGUCGAGUUCUUCGACGUGCGCGACGCCGCUCGAGCGAAAGAGGCGCUGGAUGGCGAGGACAUUCUCGGCAGCACUGUCAAGAUCGAGUUUAGUCGCCCCGGUGGGAUGCUCCAGAGGCACAGCGAGCACCAUUCCAUCCUCGACUUGUACCCGGCGGUGGCGUUUGAGAGCUUCCAGCGCGCGGUGGAGUGGAAGGCCCCUCCUCCUCCAGCAGCGGCGCCGCUCUUUACUCCGCCUGGUUUCUACGCCGGCGUUCCUCCGGCUAUAAGCACGUACCAAGCCUGGCAAGCUCCUUUGUGGAGUUUCUCCGGUGCUCGUGGGAAUCCGAAGGAAAGGAGAAGAAUGCUCGAGGAUUGCUCGUACAAAUUCGACGAGGAGUUGAAGGACGAGAGGACGACUCUCAUGAUCAAGAAUCUUCCCAACAAAUACAGUCAGGAGAAGCUCAUGGACAAGAUAGAUGGUCAUUGCGCUCAAUGCAAUGCGCAUAUCGACAGUUCUGAGGAUGUUUCCGCGUACGAUUUCUUGUACCUUCCGAUCGAUCCCAGGAACCAGUGUAACCUUGGUUACGCAUUUGUCAACUUCGUCUCGGUCGCGGCCUGCGGGAGGUUUUACAAAGCGUUCCACAACCUGCAAUGGGAAGCACACAACUCGAGGAAGAUCUGCCAGAUAACUUACGCUCGAAUUCAGGGAAGAGCGAAGCUGCAAGAACACGUGAAGAGAGGAGACCGGGACUCUCUCCCUCUCGUGUUUGAUCCGCCGCGAAGUGGAAAGAUCUAGCUUCGAGUUGAAAGAAAGAACCUUGGAUCACUAAGACACUAACUUGAUAAUGUUGAAAAAGGUUUUAUAGAUUAUAGGACCUCCAAAAUUUGUCGAAGUACUAA